CACACCUCCAAAAAGGACCUGUUCUCGCCUCUCUUUGCUUCCAUAUUUUUCGAUCCUGUAUAGUUGAGAGUUUUGUGAAAAGUUGGUGGUAGAAACAUUGAUGAUCAAUGCAUUUAAAAUGGUAAGCUGUCUGUGAUCCCAGCGUAUAAAUGCAAAUACAAAGUGUAUACAUGAGAAGAGGAUUUGAAGGAAGUGAAUCUAGUCGUCAAAGCUUUCUUUAGGCCUACGGAGUGUUGCUAUUUUCAAGGUCAAUAUGAGCGGCUUCCCGGGGAACCUUUCAGAUAGCCAGAAAGAGAAAUUGAGAAAGUUCAAGGAAAAUGUUUCAGACGUUCUUAAGCCAGAGCAUGACGAUGUCUUACUCUUGAAGUUCCUUAGGGCAAGAAAAUUUGACCUGAAAAGGACAGAGAAGAUGUUAAGGAUGGAUAUCAAGUGGAGAGAGGAAAAUAAGGUCAGCACCAUUCUUGAUUGGUACAAGAUCCCAGAGGUUUUCGAGAAGUACUGGUGCGGCGGAGUGUGUGGAUUGGAUAAAGAGGGUCAUGCUAUCUACAUAUCACCGGUUGGAAACUUUGAUCCUAAAGGGGUCUUAUUUUCGGCGAAGGCCAGUGACAUUCUGAAGACUUACAUCCAUUCAAUUGAAUACCAGUUCAGGAGUCACAAGUGGUUCUCUGAACAGUCUCAGAGAGGAUUGAAGCAUACUGAGGGAUCUUUGAUGAUCUUUGACAUGGAGAACCUUGGAGUACAUCAUCUAUGGAAACCGGCUAUUGAUAUGUUCAUCAAGACUGCUGUGAUUGCUGAGCAGCAUUAUCCAGAGUUGAUCUACCGUCUCUUCAUCAUCCGAGCACCCAAGAUCUUCCCGGUGACCUAUUCAUUAGUCAAGCCUUUCCUUCGUGAGGACACCAGAAAGAAAAUCCAGGUUUUGGGAAGUAAUUGGAAGGAGGUUUUGUUGAAGCAAAUAGACCCCGAUCAGCUACCGGUUUACUGGGGAGGAACCAAGACAGAUCCUGAUGGAAACGAGAUGUGUACUUCACUGAUAAGAGUGGGUGGCAAAAUUCCCAAGUCAUUCUACCUAAAGGACCGUGAACCGCCGCAUACACUGACAACGCAUGAAGUGUCAAGAGGGGGAGUCAUCGAAUUCAAGUAUGAAGUCAAGAACGCCAACAGCGUCAUGAGGUAUGAGUUUCAGACGGAUUGCAGUGACAUCAAAUUUGGGUUUGAUCUCGUGGACGCGAAGGGUAAGAAGACUGCCAUUUUGAAACUGGAGAAGUACAACAGUCACAUGGUACCUGAGAACGGAGAAAUCAUGAUCGCUGAACCUGGCACAUACGUUGCACGAUUUGACAACAGUCACAGCUGGACUAAAUCAAAGAAGCUCUCCUAUUGGCUGGAGCUAUUAGAGCCUAGUGACGUAGAACCAGAGUUUCAGGAGAUGGUGGAAGGAGCAAAUAGCAUGAACCUCAAUGAUUAACGAUUACAGGGAGUGGUUUACAAAAUGGCGACCACGUGAACUAAUGAUAUAUGGAUCUACAAAGCACUUUUCCUUAUGAUACAGUGUAUAAUAACAGCUACAUA